UCGGGGCGCGGCUGGCGGGGCGGGCCCCUCGGAGCCGCCGCGGAAACGCGACACCGCGCCGGGGAGGGGCUUCCCGGGCCGGCCCGGCCUUAUAAACUGCGGCCCCGCGGCGCCCGCCGCCGCGACCCGUCGCCUCGUCCCGGAGCACCCUGCGAGGAAGCCCCUCCAGCAGGUCCCAAUGGCAGCGGAGCCACUGACAGAGCUGGAGGCCGCCAUCGAAACAGUGGUCACCACCUUCUUCACCUUUGCUGGGCGGGAGGGCCGCAAGGGCAGCCUCAGCAUCAACGAGUUUAAGGAGCUUGUCACUCAGCAGUUGCCACACCUGCUCAAGGAUGUGGGCUCUUUGGAGGAGAAGAUGAGGAGCUUGGAUGUGAACCAGGACUCGGAGCUCAAAUUCCAUGAGUACUGGAGGCUGAUUGGGGAGUUGGCCAAGGAGAUCCGGAAGGAGAAGGCCCUGGAGAUCCGGAAGAAGUAAAGCCACAGGCAGGGA